CAAGAUAAUCGCUGAAGUUGCUCGGUUUGGAGGCUACAAAUAACGGGUUUAAUUCCCUUUUGAAAUGAAUAUAAAAAUUCAAUGAACCGUACGAUGGCGGAGUCAUCAUACUUGCAGCCUUUUGCGGAUCUCAUGAGGAUGUAGCAUGUUAAAAGGCGCUUAUUCUGACAAAUUUAAAAGCAUCCAGAAAGAGCGAUUGGAAAAAUUUAAAGAAGAACAAAAGGAUUCUUUGAAAUCAAGAAGUGACAGGGCCAAGGAGCUUUCAAAGGAAACCAAUCGUAGGAGAAAAGCUCUUGAGGAUAGGAAAAAGGAACUGCAAAACCAUGAGGAACAAUUAAGAGACAAAGUCUUGUCAAAGAGGAAACAGGAUCAGCAAGAGGCAACACAGAGAUUCCAAAAGGACUCUUUACAAAAGAAGGCACUAAAACAACAUGAUCUUGUGAAUGGACCUAAUACAGAGCCAGUUUCGGUAGUUCGUGAUGGUUACCAUGUUGUCCGGGGCCACUUGGUAGAAGUGAAGGAUGGAAAGCAAGUGCCACAUAGUGCUUCAGUAGGAUCAAAAAGACUUCAAGAAGAUGGAUUAGGAGUUUGGGGAAAUGAAAUGCCAGACAAUUACGAUUUUGAAAGGACAUACAAAGAUUUUUCAUACAAUAAUGCAAAUAGUGGAAUCCUGUAUGCAAUGAAUGAAGAUAAGCUGUAUUCAACAGAGCCAGUGUUUGAUACUUACGCAGUACAGCCGCUAUAUUAUGCAACUGAUGGAACGGAAAAUGGGCCUGUUAAUGAUUCAUGGACAUUAGCACAACAAGAAAAGUUUCGAGCUGAUGCCAUCGCCAAAAGUGGACCGAAGCUGGCUUUUAUCAAGGACGAAUCUCAAAGGGACACUCCUGAAGGGGCUUUGCCGUGUAUCAUGGGCAGGGACUCACCAGCAGGGAGCCUCACUAGCUUAGAUAGCUUAGACGAGGUUCCUCAGGUUGCAGGGUCUGGAACAGGGAGGGAAUUGGGAGCCUCUACUAGGACCAGUAUAAUGGCCAAAAGAAAUAAAGAAGUCAAAUCUGCUGGUAAGAGAAGAGUCACUUUUUCUGAUAGCAUUGAAUUUGAUGAUGGUGUUACUGGUCAGCUUGUUACAGAGGAGAAGCAAAGUACCAAAGUAUACACCAUGUUGUAUGCUAGAAAUUCCAACAAUUUUUACAACACGUCGGUAUCAAAUUCUUCAUCAUCAACCGGACAUUCGAGCAUAAACCACAAGGGACACAAGCCGUCAGGAACGCAUGUAACAUCUGUGUCUGAAAAGCGAACAGAACAAAAUCCCAUUAGUUCAGCUCCCACUUUCAUCAAAACCUUCGGGAAGGAUUCCUCUGGGGUAGCUACCUCUGGUAGAGACUCGUCUGUGGCAACUGUUACUCACUGUGACCACCCAAGACCUAAACCAGUGCCUGUGGAAACUCAAGCAAAUACACCCGAGAAAAUGCAGGUUCAAGUUUCUUCCAUUCACGAAGUGAAUAGUUUAAAAGACUUAGGGGAACCCAGUCAUUUAGGUGAUGCUGUGAGUGAUUCAGAGCUAAACGACAGUCUGGAGGUUGUUAAUGAUAGCUUAGAUGUUGAAACUGAUCGAGUAGAGAAUGUACCUGGACUGAAAGAUGAAGAAGACAAAACAUACCCAGUAAGCAGUUCAGGAAACUGGACUUCUUCUUUCUCGACAUCGAUGGUGAAAGAUUCUUUACAAAGGUUCGUGGGAAGCACAGCGGAAAUCCCCCCUGAAUCCCCCCCUGAAGAAUAUACUGAAAAGUUUCCGUCCAACGAGAAUCGUGUGGCAGAGGAGUUACCUGUUCAAUCGGAGCCAGUGCAUGUAACCGCGUCACCAGUUGUCACAUCGGAACAUCAGUAUCACAGUCCAUUCUACAACACUGCAGUUUCUUCUAUAACAACUUAUCCCUACUACCACCGUCUUAACCCACAGGUUGCCAGUGGUGUGCAAUUUCCUGCCCAAGGAACAUUCCAUCCCAGUUUCCCUUACCCUUUUUAUACCACUGCAGGCUCUACGUUAAUGGGAGAACCCGAGCAGCAUGGAAUCGAAAAUACACCUGCUCCAAUAACUUCGUACAGAACUACAACAAACUUUGGUAAUGUUCAACAGGCUCUCAACUCAAGUGACCAUCAGAGGAGAUCUGCUUCGGAACCCGUUGUUCCUUCAUCAACAGUUACUCACGCAGCAAACAUGGGCCAUGCAGUUAGCAGUCAAACCUCUGAGACCCCGAAAAGGCCUCCUAGCACUCAGUCGGUUGUAAACAGCAACGAAGCAGAUAAAAUGUCAUUGUCCCCCAACAAGCUCUCAUCGUCACCUUCAUCCACAGCAUCAACAUACUCUUCGGGUGUUAAAUCUACUAGAUCUUUUAUUCCUCGGCCUCCUUCCACGAAGAAAUCUGGCAGAAGUAGACUUCAUCCAGGUGGUCUUCACAGAAAGGAAGCUUCUACUCGUCCACGGAAGGGAAUCAAUAACCACACUGUUGUCUCAGAUAGGAGUCAAGCUGGACGGAGUUUGAAGGCAAGUGCGAAUCACAGGAAUAGCCCAGAAGAAAGGGCAACUGAACAGCAAAACUUGGGAACCAAAAGAUCAGAGAGUAAGAAUGGAAAAGAGAAGGCCCAUUUCAAACACCCAAAUAACAGCGAUAAACACAACGCUUCCGAUCAGGACGGUAUCAUGGAGAGCAUUAAACGUAACAUGGAGAUGAUGAAUAUCAGAACGAGGACUACAGCUGCUCAAGAACAGCACCAACGAAUUCUUAAUUCGCUGAGGGUGGAGUUUGGUGGUGGCAGGAAGGUGCAGCAGGAGUCUGUGCACUAUGGUAUGGAGGCUCAUGAGGAUUUGAUGAAUGCAGUUAAGCAUCACGCCAACACACAGGAUGCAACCAGUCGAAAAAUUCACCAUCCUCGAGUGGGAUCCGCUGGAUCACGAAAUGGUGCAAGACCUUCAGCUGGUGCAAGCGUCAAGCUGGAUCUUGUUGAUGAUGCUAGUCACCCAGCAGGUUUUGAUGGGUAUCCCAACAGAGGUAAAGCAGAUAUGAAGAAGACCGCGCCUUUCCAAACAGUAUCCAGCGAGGCAACGAAAGGAAUGGUACGGAAGUCUUCGUCUGACUCGGUAACGAAUCAUCAGUUCACUAACGAAGACAGACGGUUUGAAUAUCAUGUGUCAACAGUCGGUCAGCCAACAAGUACAAUUAUAACAAGCCAAGAACGCGAAGGUCCAUUGCAGGCGAGAACUAGCACACGUUAUGAACAAGAUGACAUGAGCAUGAAGAGGUCUGUAUCACUGGAUAAGACACCCACGGAUGAAGAAAUCAAUCACCUCUGGGCCCAUGUUCGGUCGUACCUCCACGGUGGGAAUACUAAGUCCGUCGGCUCAGACUCGUGUGUCAACAAAGUUGACGUACGGCGUUCCCGUACUCGCUCCAGCUCGACGCGGCAAGUCCACAAUCCACCAGCUGUCCCACAGCAUAAUCAAGGAGGCAGCAGACAGCCAAAUGGUCAACACCUCGGGGUCCCUCCGCAGACUGGGGGCAGUACACUGGGAGGUCUUCGGCGCUACGGCUCUCAUGAGGUUCUUAGGAGGGACAGCUCUUCUGACAGUCUGUCGUUGAAGAGGUCACCGCUGUUGCAACAUCGUGCUUCAAGAGGCAGACGCCCACAGAUCCACGUUCAUGGCCAAAAUGGCCGACCACCAUUGCCGAGACCGUACGAGUAUAAUCCGUCGCCAAGCCAGGCGGGUCCUACAGCUUCAAUCUCAUGUAGAGUUCCUGGUCCGCAACCAUUAUCGCCGGCUGAGAUGCAAGCUGUUAUGAUGGCGUCUGAGAAAGAAAUGUUUAACAAUCAUCAACAAAAUGCCUUCGCCGAUAGUUCUCCACAUCAGCAGUAUCAAGCAAUGAUGAACGGCUUAACAGGUCCUAGUGCUCUUUCAUUGGAGGAACAAAGGUUGUUGCAGUCUUUGGAUCGAUUAAAUGAAAGGCUUAAAGCUCAAGAAGAAGUCACAAAAGCCAUUACUCAGAAACCCAGGAUGAACGACAGUGGUUUUCGAAGGCCACAACAGAGUGCUCCUAGUUCAGGGAUAAGAGGAACAGGGACUAAACAGAAUUCUUCAGCCAGAAACUUCCUACAUACGAGAUGAUAUACAGAGAAACCUAGUUAGUCUCGUGAAUCACGGCCCAUUUGAUAAGUCGCGAAGGAAGAUAACAUUCCAAUACGGAGGGGGCCACAGAUCGCACGAAAUGAAACAGGGUGGAAGAACCUUUAUUAAAUAAUUACCACUCUUCCCCCCCCCCUCCUCUCUCCCCUCUUCCACGUCAGCCCUAGUUACCUUACAUUCUCUCAGGACCCCCUUCAUAGUGGUGGGCAUGAUUUGUUAUUCCUUUAAGUGAAUGCAAAGAAGCAUAAGACUGAAAAUUCUAUCUGUUUAAACAUGUUUUCUUGGCUAGAAAGGCUAAGUUACAUGCAUAUAAAAGAAGGGUAAUUCGACCCGCCAUUUAUGAUAGAAGUCUGUACACAUAAAGGAUGUAAGAAAAAAAACGCUACCUUUGUUCAUUCAGUGCUGUUAGCAACAGAUCCUUUUUCAUUCGUCCUCCUUGGUUUUCAAAGGAGAUGUGGUGUAAUCAGUCAAGAAGUAUUUCUUUUCUCAUCAUGAGCGCUUUCUACCAGAGAUGGCUUUUUCGUAUUAUUUCACGCAUUGUACAAAUUGUAUAGCGACUAAAAACUCCAAAGUGAGUUAUUUAUUAUUGUACAGCGAAAUGUUACUAGGUGACAAGUAACCGUUGUGGAGUAGAUUGUAGGAAGGGUGGUGUGGUGUGUGUAGAAGAGCUUGCUGUAGAAAUAUAAAUCUAGAAUAAAACGGGUGAUUAUUACAA